GCCGGCGAGGGGGACGUCGCCGUGCCUCGCCGUGCGCCUGUGCCUCGCCGUGUGUGCCGCCGCUCGCCCUCCGCGCCGACCUGCUGCCGCCGCUGCCCACCAUGGCCCUGCUGCACUCGGCUCGCGCCCUCUCCGCGCUGUCCUCCGCCUUCCACCCAGGCCUCGCCGCCACAGCCUCUGCCAGAGCCAGCUCCUGGUGGGCUCAUGUGGAGAUGGGCCCCCCAGAUCCCAUCCUGGGAGUUACAGAAGCCUACAAGAGAGACACAAACAGCAAAAAGAUGAAUCUGGGCGUUGGUGCCUACCGGGAUGAUAACGGGAAGCCUUAUGUGCUUCCCAGCGUGCGGAAGGCAGAGGCUCAGAUUGCUGCAAAAGGUUUGGACAAGGAAUACCUGCCCAUUGGGGGCCUGGCUGAAUUCUGUAAGGCGUCCGCGGAACUAGCCCUGGGCGAGAACAGCGAAGUGCUGAAAAGUGGCCGGUUUGUCACCGUGCAGACCAUUUCCGGAACAGGGGCCUUGAGAAUCGGAGCCAGUUUCCUGCAAAGAUUUUUUAAGUUCAGCCGUGAUGUCUUUCUGCCCAAACCAUCCUGGGGAAAUCACACCCCCAUCUUCCGGGAUGCCGGCAUGCAGCUGCAGGGCUAUCGGUACUAUGACCCCAAGACCUGCGGCUUUGACUUUACAGGCGCCAUGGAGGACAUCUCAAAAAUUCCAGAGCAAAGUGUCCUCCUCCUGCAUGCCUGUGCCCACAAUCCCACGGGCGUGGACCCUCGCCCUGAGCAGUGGAAGGAAAUAGCAGCAGUGGUAAAGAAAAAGAAUCUGUUUGCAUUCUUUGACAUGGCCUACCAAGGCUUUGCCAGUGGUGAUGGUGACAAGGACGCCUGGGCUGUGCGCCACUUCAUUGAACAGGGCAUUAACGUUUGUCUCUGCCAGUCAUACGCCAAGAACAUGGGCUUAUAUGGUGAGCGUGUCGGAGCCUUCACUGUCAUCUGCAAGGACGCAGAGGAAGCCAAAAGGGUGGAGUCGCAGUUGAAGAUCUUGAUCCGUCCCAUGUAUUCCAACCCUCCUCUCAACGGGGCCCGGAUCGCCUCCACCAUCCUGACUACACCAGAUUUGCGAAAGCAAUGGUUGCAGGAAGUUAAGGGCAUGGCUGACCGCAUCAUCGGCAUGCGAACACAACUGGUCUCCAAUCUCAAGAAGGAGGGCUCCUCCCACAGCUGGCAGCACAUCACUGACCAAAUUGGCAUGUUUUGUUUCACAGGUCUAAAGCCUGAGCAGGUGGAGCGGCUGACCAAGGAGUUCUCCAUCUACAUGACAAAGGAUGGGCGCAUCUCAGUGGCUGGAGUCACCUCUGGUAAUGUGGGUUACCUCGCCCACGCCAUUCACCAGGUCACCAAGUAACUUCCCCAGUGCCAGGAGACAGAGACAACCUUUCCGUGCUCAACCUCUGCUACUGUGAGAUUCGCACAAAGGGAGGGUGGAUGGUGGUGGAUCAUUUCAACCACAGAACGCAGCACUCAGCGAUGAAUUGUGUCUCAGAAAAGAACAUGCAGUGAAAUAGUGCAGAGGUACCUAUGGCUGGUGUCUGGAACUUGUGGCUUUAAAACCAAACUUUUCUGUCUGUCCUUUUGUCUUCAGCUUUUCCAAGAGUUUACAUGUGCAGGAAAGUCAUAACACCAAAAAAAACAAAAAACAAAAAAAAACAAAACAAAAAAGCCCUGUCAGUCAUGCCAUUGCAACAUCUGAGCAGCUUUAAGUGGAGCAGUGUGUUGUGUUAGGGGCUCCUCUGGAGCCAGCUUCAGAGCCAGCGCUUCAUAGAGGCUUGGAGAGAGCUAGUUAGUCACAGUCAGUCAGGUGGCCUCAUGCUCGUCCUCCCU